AUGGCCGAUCUCGGCGCAUGGGUCCCCGGUUUUGGGGCCACAUUCUGGUUCGAGACGCCUGUGCAUGUAUAUGAUGCGGUGGCGCAUCCCGUAGGCAUGGGCCUGCGCGCGAGCUCGCUCCUCUGCGACAGCGCCGAGGGCUGGGGGCCCAUGUCGCCCACGCGCGAUUUUGACCUUACGCCGUGCUUCCAGGCGCUGGUACUGUGGUUCCUGCCCGCCCUGGCUUUCUGCGCGGCCGCGCUUGGAGCGCUGCCCGGCUGGCUUCGGUGCGAGCGGAAACCGCGCUCCGAGGGCUCCAUGCAUCUUCUCUACGAAAAAGACGGCAUGGCGGGCGCCAUUGCCGCGCUCGGCUUUGUCGAGUUUGUCGUGCUCAUCGGCCUCCGCGGCCAUGUGGACGGCAGCGCGGCCGCGCUCACCGGCGGCGUGCAGGUCCUCGCGAGCGGUGCCAUGUGUGCGGCCUAUGUGGCGGCCUUUUUCCUGCAGCGCACGAUGCACAUGCGCGCGCGCCACGGCUCUGACGCCGCGAUCCUGCUGUGGUCGCUCCAUAUGCUCACGGGGCCGAUCCGCCUGCGCACUAUUCUUCAGCUGGCGGCGCCUGGCUCGGCGAUCCAGCUGCUCACUGUCAUCCCGCUGUGUAUGCGCUUGCUCUUUGUGCUCUUUGCCCUGUUCCUCGAGUGCUGCAACGUCGAGGUCGAGGACGGGAUUGCGCUCCCCGAGGACGACGACGAGCUCCUCGUCGACGAGGGCGCCGUGGAUACCACCCUUGAGGAGCCCGACGCGCAGCCGCGCGAGUCGCCCAUCGAGACGGCGAACCUAUUUAGCCGCCUUGUCUUCCACUGGAUGCAGCCGCUCAUGUCGCUCGGCGCGAAGCGGUACCUCACCGAGGACGACAUGUGGGCGCUGCCGCAUGGCGAGGACGCGGAGCGGCUCAGCGACGCGUUCCAGGCGCGCUGGGUCGCGAACGCCCAAGCCUCGCUCGAGCAGGGCGAGCCGCUGUGCGAUUCGGGGCGCCGCCGCUUCUGGCGCACACUCCUGGGCUCAUUCGGGCGCCCGUUUCUCAUCGCGGCCAUCUUCAAGGUCGCGCAGGAUGUGCUGGCGUUUGUGCAGCCGCAGCUGCUGCGUGCGCUGCUUGCCUUCGUCGGCCGCUGGGAGGCGGCGGACGGGCUGGAGGCGCGCGGCACGCCGCUGCGCGGCUUUGCGCUCGUCGGCCUGCUCUUCGUCACGGCCAUGCUCCAGACGAUGAGCCUGCACCAGUACUUCCAGCUCGUGAGCGUGGCCGGCAUGCGCGCGCGCGCCGGCAUUGUCAGUGCGAUUUUCCGCAAGAGUCUGCGCCUGUCGAACCAGGCGCGCAGCGAGCGCCGCACCGGCGACGUGGUCAACUUGAUGAGCGUCGACGCGAACCGCCUGCCCGACUUUGUCAUGUACGCGCACAUCCUGUGGUCGGCCGUGUUCCAGAUUACGAUCGCCUUCGUGUCGCUGUACAACCUGCUCGGCUGGUCAGCGUUCGUCGGUGUGGCGAUCAUGGUCGUCAGCGUGCCGCUGAACACGGCGCUCGCGCACUACUUGCGCAAGCUGUCCGCGCAGCAGAUGAAGGUGCGCGACAGACGCACGGGUCUGAUGAACGAGAUCGUGCUUAACAUCAAGUCGAUCAAGCUCUUUGCCUGGGAGGAGGCCUUCACACGCCGCCUGCUCAGAGUGCGCAACGACGAGGAGCUGCCGCUCCUGCGCAACAUCGGCGUGGCGAGCGCCGGCUUCAACUUUUUCUGGCAGGCGAUUCCGUUCUUUGUGUCGCUCGGCACCUUUAUUACCUUCUCGGCGACCAGCACGCAGCCCCUCACGGCGGACAUUGUGUUCCCAGCGCUCUCGCUGUACCAGCUGCUCAACUUCCCGCUGUCGAUGCUGGCGGGCAUUGUGUCCAUGUUCCUGCAGACGCAGGUGUCAGCCGAGCGCCUCGCCUCGUUCUUCGAUGCCGAGGAGCUCGACGGCCGCGCGCGCCGCGUCAAGGCGGGCGUGCCGCCGCCGAACGGCGAGGCGAUCCGCUUCCGCCAAGCCACGCUCACGUGGUCCGUCGACGAGACAGAGACGCCGACACUGCGCGACCUCGACCUGACGAUCCGGCGCGGCGAGCUCGUGGCGCUGCUAGGCCGCGUCGGCGAUGGCAAAUCGUCGCUUCUCUCGGCGGUGCUGGGUGACAUGGUGCGCCUGGGUGGCCGAGUGACGGUGCAAGGCGAGGUGGCAUACUUCUCGCAGGGCGGCUGGUGCAUGGGCGCGACGGUGCGCGACAAUAUCCUGUUUGGCCGUGCGUACGACGAGGCGCACUACCAGCGGUGUCUCGAGGCGUGUGCGCUCGGUCCUGACCUCGCGAUUCUCGAGCACGGCGACCUGACCGAGAUUGGCGAGCGCGGCGUGAGCCUGAGUGGCGGCCAGCGCGCGCGUGUGGCGCUCGCGCGCGCGUGCUAUGCCGGCGCGGACAUAUACUUGCUGGACGACCCGCUCGCCGCCGUCGACGCGCAUGUCGGCGCGCACCUGUGGGAGCAUGUGCUGGGCCCCCGCGGCAUGCUGCGCGACAAGACGCGUGUGCUCACGCUGAACGCGGUGUCGUACCUGCCGCAGUGCGACAAGAUUGUGACGCUGCGCCAGGGCACGCUCCUGCCGGAGCAGGGCACCUUUGAAGAGGUCAUGGCGAUGAAGGGCGAUGUGUACCGCGUCAUUACGAGUCUGCGCAGCGACGACGAUGAGGCACAUGAGCACGAGCAGCAGGAGGCACAGGCUGCGCAUGAGAAGGCGGUGCCUGGCGAUGUGCCGCGUCCCCGCGCCCUCGCCAAGACGGAGCUGAAGCGCGAGACACUGCGGCACCUGCGCGAGUCGCAGGCGCCCAAGGAGCUGCAGGAGACGGGCUCGGUGCAGUGGCACGUGUAUGAGCGCUACAUCCGCAGCGCCUCGGCGGUCGGCGUCGUGCUGUUCUUUGUCGCGCACAUCAUUACCCAGGCGUUUACCGUGGCGCGCGACGUGGUGCUCAAGCAAUGGAGCGCGGCCAAUGCGCAGCCUGGCGCCUCCGAGGACCCGCACGUCGCGCGGCACUACCUGGGGCUGUACGCGACGAUGGGUCUGCUCACGUCCGUCGGCGUGUGUGUGGCGCCGAUGAUCCUCUAUGUGUGGCUCGUACUGAGCAGUGCGCGACGCUUCCACGACGGGCUGUUUCUCUCGCUGCUGCGGUACCCGCUGCAGUGGUUCGAGACCACGCCGACCGGGCGCCUGCUGAACCUGUUUAGCCGCGACAUCAGUGUCAUCGACGAGGUGCUGCCGCGCGUGAUCCAGGGCAUGACGCGCUCGUCCGUCGUGGUGCUCGGUGUGGUGUGUGUGGUGACGUACUCGGUCCCCGCGUUCCUGCUGGCCGUCGUGCCGCUGGCGAUGGCGUACCGUGCGGUGAUGCGCUACUAUCUCGCGUCGAGCCGCGAGCUGAAGCGCAUGGACGCCGUGACAAAGUCGCCCGUCUUCACGUGGUUCCAGGAGGCGCUUGGCGGUCUCUCGACGAUCCGUGCAUUUGGCCAGGCGCACGCCUUCGCCGACGCCUUCGAGGCGCGCGUCGACCGCAACCAGAUGUGCUACUUCCCUGCUGUCACGUGCAACCGGUGGCUCGCGGUGCGCAUCGAGUGCCUCGGCAGUGUGGUCAUCCUGCUGGCGAGCACGCUGGCUGUGGUCAUGGUGGUGUCGGGCGGACGCAUGAGCGCAGGCCUGCUGGGUCUGAUGCUGUCGCAGGCGCUCAGCACGACACAGACGCUCAACUGGGCCGUGCGCUCCGCGUCCGAGGUCGAGCAGAACAUUGUGAGUGUGGAGCGUGUGCUCUCGUACGCGAGCCUGCCGCAGGAGCGCGCCUAUACAAUCGAGGCGACGGCGCCGGCGGCCGACUGGCCCUCGCGCGGCGAGGUCGAGUUCCGCCAUUACUCGACGCGCUACCGUGAGGGCCUGGAUCUCGUGCUGCGCAACGUCUCGUUCGCGACGCGCGCCGGCGAGCGCAUCGGUGUGUGUGGCCGCACGGGCGCGGGCAAGUCGUCGCUCACGCUUGCGCUCUUCCGCAUCCUCGAGGCCGAGUCCGGCAGCAUCUGGAUCGACGGCGUGGACAUUUCGACCCUCGGCCUGCACGAGCUGCGCCAGGCGAUGGCGAUCAUUCCGCAGGACCCGCAGCUGUGGCACGGCACGCUGCGACAGAACCUCGAUCCGCUCGUGCACUACAGCGAUACGGAGCUGUACCGCGCGCUGGAGCAGGCGCGCCUUGCCCACCUCGUCGACGACCACGAGCUUGGCCUCGAGCGCCCGGUCGCCGAGGGCGGCACGAACUUUUCCGCGGGCCAGCGCCAGCUGAUCUGCAUCGCGCGUGCGCUCGUGCGCCAGUCUCGCAUCCUCGUCCUCGACGAGGCAACCAGCAGCAUCGACCUCGAGACCGACGCGCUGAUCCAGCAGAUUGUGCGGCAGGAGUUUUCGGGCACGUCGAUUACGAUCGCGCACCGCCUCGCCACGAUCAUGGACUCGGACCGUGUGCUAGUCCUCUCGCAGGGCGAGGUCGCAGAGUUUGACACGCCGGCGAACCUCCUUGGCCGCACGUCGUCGCUGUUCUAUGCACUCGCCAAGGAGUCGGGGCUCGUCGACCGUCGCCGCUCAUAA